AUGCUGUCUUCAGAAGGAGUAAAGUGGACAUGUAAAAUUCAUAACAAACCUGUCGUUCAAGUUUGUAUAUAAAAGUGCAACAAUGAUUAGAAAGCCAGUUGCCUGACAUGUACAAAUUCUGACCUUCAACACUUCAGAUGUUAAUAUGUUUCAUUAGAAGAUAUUCCAAAGUAGGUGGAAAGCCAUCAAAAAUUAUUUUAAGAAAUAUAGAAUUCUAUAAUAUAGUUAGAAGAUGAAUUUAAAAAUAGAAUACAGAUUAUGAAAGAAGUUUUAGAUGGCUAUUAAAUUUAAGAAACAUUCAGGUGCAUUAUUGAAUUAGAGCACGUAAAUCUUUUGGCAAACGUCUUAAGAAAACUGCCUAAAAUUAAGGAAAGAGUGAAUGAAAUUUCAAAUAUAAUAAAGGAUAUAUUACAAUCGUUGUCUUCUCAAAAAUUAGAACCAUUAAAGAAAUGGAAACAAGAGUGCUUAGAAACAACAAUGUAACAAAGUGAACAAACCACAAGAUUAAUCUAAAAUCUGAGAAAUCAAAACAAUUAAGGAAAUAUGGAAACUAUUAAUCGCUUAGAUACAAAUUAAAAUACUAAUAGAAGUCAUAGUAUAUAGGAAUUACUAAAUCAAGGAAAAGUAAAUCUAGGAUUUUUAAAGUGUGAGCUUGCAAUAACAUGUUUUGACUAAGUUUUAAAAGUAGAGCCUAACAAUAUUGAAGCUAAAGUAGGUUUAAGUAAAUAAAGAUAUUAAAUUAGUGAAUACUCUAUGUGAAAUGGAUUACUUAAAUUCUUCUUUCUCCAUUUCAUAAAAAAUCCUUGAAUAAGAUCCUUAAAAUUUUGAAGCAGCAUUGUAAUAAGGUUGAAAUAAAUAAUAUGUCAUAGGAGUAAUUCUUUACAAUUAAAAAAAAUAUGGAGAAUCAAUUAGCCAUAUAACAUAAAAAUUAAAUAGAUUUUCCAAUCAUAAUAAAUACAAAGAAGUAUUAAAAUUGCUUUGUAAGCUUUUUAUUAACCAUAGAUAAUAAUUACAUAGAGAAUAAUUAACUAUAGCAUGCAAAAACUGAAUUAGAUAAAUUAAGAUUAACGUAUGGGGACAAUUUAAGUUAUAAUUAAGGAAUGGGUAAUAAAAACAUAAAAUAUUUAAUAGCAAAAUGCUGUAUAAUUGAAAAUUAAUUAAACGAAGCUCAAUACUAUUUGAAUCAAGCAAAUUAAAUAAGGAAAGAUGAUUUAGAAAAUGAUUUAAUUUAAUGUACCUUCUUAAAAUAUUUUAAGUGCAAAUAUUUGAAAAAUAGUGUUAAUAUUCAAAGUGUCUGGAUUAAAUAAGAUAAAAAUUACGAGGAUUUAAUAAAAUUAAAGAUUAGAGAAAAUUAAUUAAAUUGUAAAGUAUUAUUACGCUCUAUUUUAGUAUUUCAAUUCUAUGAGGUAUAAAAUUUUUAGGAAGCUAUAUUCUGGUGUUAAUUAUAUUAGGAAAAUUAUCAAGAUGAUAUUGAUAUUUAGUAUAUUUUUGGAAAAUGUUUAUUGGAAAAUAAAUAGUAUAGUAUGGCUAUUCAUUUUUUUGAUAAAGUACUUCGAUAAAGUUAACAUCAUUGUAAAGCACAAAAUGCAAAAAGUACCAUAAUCUAAAAAAAUUAGACCAGGCUUAAGAAAAAAAAAACUUGCUAAAUCAAUCCUCUGUUUAAAGUGUUCGAAAUAGAUAGUCGAGUGUAAUAUAAUCACAUGAUUUUUAAAGCUCAUGUCGCUAAAACUUCUAAUAAGAUUACUUAAAUUUGUUAUUGCACAAAGCUGGUAAUGUAAAAUUCAACUAAACUAGGCACCAUUUUGGUUGAUAAUCUUUAUCCGUGUACAGUGAUUUUUUUAGAUGAAUGUAUUAAUAAUUUUCCAUUUGAUGAGGAGCUAAAAGUGUUAAAAGCCAAAUAUUAUCUCAAAACCACUGUGGCAAUUCAUAAGUAGUUAGCAUUUGAACUUCUUGAUAGUAUAGUAAAGAAAAAUCCCCAUAAUUUAGAAGCAUAACAUCUUUUGAAAUCAAUUAAUUUUUUAAGUAUAAUUAGAAACUAAAACUAUUAAUGA